AUGAGGUUGUUGUUGUAUAGUUUAUUACCUUGCAUCGUAUGUGCUUGUAGACACUCGAUAGAAGACUUGGAUCUGAAGCUAACGGUUUAUGAAAUCGAAUUACUCGUUGUAAAUGGUACGUUAACUUAGAGAUCUUAAUUAUAAAUUAUAAGGUUUAUUAUUUUGUAGGAAGUAUUUACCUUAAGGUCGAAAAUUGCGCAGGAAAUUGCUUUAGAUGGUUUCUAAAUUUAAAUUUAUUGCAUAAUAUCUAUAUGAACCGUAAAGUUAUUUUUAGCGGUUGUAACGCUUUUCUUAGUGUUUAUUGUCCCAAGAGUUAUGGCUCAGCGACAUUUGCUGAAGCACUUGAUUACAGAGCGAAAAAAACGACAGGACAGUAUGGUUAAGCUUCAGAAGUACAUAAGAUUCCAGGUAAAAUGUACACGGUGAAGAAAUGCCUAUAUUAAUAUACGGUAUUAUUAAACAGCUUUUUAUUUUGUAAAUAUCAAGAAAACUAUGCGGUGAUGUCAUUUUUGAUUUUGCAGUAUAUUAAGAUUUCUUGUUGUAAUGUUUUAUUUGAACUCUUGUCUUGCCUGUGUAAUGUUUCUCAUGUUUAAUAUUUGACUUUCAGCCAACCGUGCCAUUAAGCCAUCUCCGUCGUUACUUUGAAGAUCGCGACGCCGCUAAGAACGUUGAGCCUGUCAUCAACUACUUGCCUUAA